CUUCAACCGAGGGACCCCGGGGCUUACCCGGAAGAUCGACAGAGAGUUCAAUGUAGGUAUGGAGUUGGGCAUGUUCCCGGUGGGCUUUCACACUUACUUCUGGGGAUGUUUUCCUUCUCCAGCAAAGCUAAGCCUCUAGGUCAUGAUCUACCACAAUCAAGGCAUCCCACCUGACAGGCCGCUUGGGACUAUCAACAGCAAGCUAUCAUGUCGAUGAUAUGUCAAAAGGGCCUCUAGGAAUGACCGGCUGUGAUAUAAACUGAACAUGGUUACUACUGCUGACCAGUCCAUGCCAUGUUCCACACAGCCAAAAAAUCACAACUGGUCUCCAAGUCCCGGACUGAUGCUACAGUAGACUCGAAUGCGGGGUCUUUUAGCGAUUUUGAUCUUUGAUCUCGACUCGAGACACGAGACACAAGACACGAGACACGAAUGGCGAACUGCCGGUUCAGAGUUGAGUGGCCAUUAAAAACAUGUAAAUGUUUGCCGUAUGCAGCGCCCCUUUCAGGCUAAAUUCCCCCCAAUAUGGUUGUUUCUCCACUUCAUGUCAUGUAAUCGACUACACGAACCAUUGUCAGGCAUGCAACGUCAAACCAUGAAUUGAGAAUACAAGAAGUCUGGAAAUCUUCUAGGAUUUUUCCGGUCUCAAUUCAGGAAAUCCUCUUCCUCGCUUUCCUUAGACGAGGAUUGUAUAUCAAAGUGAAGUAACACCAUUAUACUAUUCCACCAUCAAUCAUGGCAACCGGAAUCCUCAAAGUCAAUGGCACACAAGUGGUGGACAGCAACGGCGACUUGGUAUUACUACGAGGAACAGCAAUAGGAGGAUGGCUCAACAUGGAAAACUUCAUCACGGGCUUUCCCGGACACGAAUCCAGCGUUCGCGCCGCCAUGCUCCAAGUAAUGGGACCCGAAAACUACGAAUAUUUCUUCGACCGAUGGCUGUACCAUUUCUUCACUGAAUCAGACGCGAAAUUCUUCCGACAACUGGGACUCAACUGUAUCCGCAUUCCGUUCAACUACCGACACUUUGAAGACGACAUGAACCCACGCGUGCUCAAAGAAAGCGGCUUUAAACAUCUCGACCGUGUCAUCUCCCUGUGUUCCGCCCAGGGCAUCUACACGAUUCUCGACAUGCACACCCUGCCUGGCGGACAAUCACCGGGCUGGCAUUCCGACAAUACCACCAGUUACGCCGCAUUCUGGGAUUACAAGGACCAUCAAGACCGGACGGUGUGGCUGUGGGAGGAAUUGGCCCGUCGAUAUAAAGAUAACGCAUGGAUCGCGGGAUAUAAUCCCAUCAACGAACCCUGCGACCCGCAACAUACACGGCUCCCGGCGUUUUACGAACGACUAGAAAAAGCCAUUCGUGCAAUCGAUCCACAUCAUAUUCUCUGGUUGGAUGGGAAUACCUUUGCAGCGGAAUGGAAGGGGUUUGACAAUGUAUUGCCGAACUGUGUCUACUCAUUGCAUGAUUACAGUAUGAUGGGAUUCCCCACGGGUCGACCGUAUAAAGGGACAGAAGAGCAGAAUCAAAAGCUCGAGGCGCAGUUUUUGCGAAAGUCGGAGUUUCAACGGAGUCGUGGCACGCCGAUUUGGAAUGGUGAGUUUGGGCCCGUGUAUGCGAAUCCCAGGUGGGAUAAGGAUGCGGAUGCGAUUAAUGCCGAUCGGUAUAAUAUGUUGGGUCAGCAGUUGAGGAUAUAUGAUCGGUUUCAGAUUCCCUGGUCGAUUUGGUUGUUCAAGGAUAUUGGGUUGCAGGGGAUGGUGUAUACGUCGCCGCAGUCGCCGUGGAAUAAACUGGUCGAGCCGAUUUUGGAGAAGAAGAAGAGGCUUCAGCUUGAUGCCUGGGGCACGUAUCCGUCCAAAGAGGUGGAGGAUUUGAUUGAUCCUUUGGUUAAAUGGAUUGACUCGGUCUCGCCGACAGCGAAAUCCGUCUAUCCUUCGACCUGGAACACGUCCAGACACGUCCAACGUGCUGUUCUUCAGACCUUCUUGGCCGAGACUUUUGUUCAAGAGUUUGCUGAGCUAUUCCGUGACAAAACCAAGGAUGAAUUGGAGGAAUUGGCCGCGAGUUUCAGUUUUGAACAGUGUUUGCAGAGGGAAGGCUUGAACAAAAUCAUGUCUAACUAUGCUGCUGUUGAGCCAACGCAGUGACUUUCAUCUUCAACAUACUACAAUUUGAUAAUAAACCUUCAUCUGGUGGUAUACCCCA